AUGAAAUUUUCAAUCACUAUUUUAACUGCUAUUGCUGCUACAUUAGUUGCUUCUGCACCAAUCAAUUCAACUGAAGUUGCUAUUCCAGCUGAUAUUCCAAAUGAUCCAAUUCUUGAGUCAUUAAUUGAAGCUGUCAAAGCUGACCAAGCUGCUGAAGCUGGUGCAAUUGAUGCUGAGAAAAGAGGAUGGACCAGAUAUGGAUACUAUGAACCACAAAAGAGAGAUGCUGAAGCUUCUGUUGAUGCUGAAAAAAGAGGUUGGACUAGAUAUGGAUACUAUGAACCACAAAAAAGAGAUGCUGAAGCUGAAGUAGACGCUGAAAAAAGAGGAUGGACCAGAUAUGGUUACUAUGAACCACAAAAAAGAGAUGCUGAAGCUUCUGUUGAUGCUGAAAAAAGAGGUUGGACUAGAUAUGGAUACUAUGAACCACAAAAGAGAGAUGCUGAAGCUGAAGUAGACGCUGAAAAAAGAGGUUGGACAAGAUACGGAUACUAUGAACCACAAAAGAGAGAUGCUGAAGCUUCUGUUGAUGCUGAAAAAAGAGGUUGGACCCGAUAUGGAUAUUACGAACCACAAAAAAGGGAUGCUGAAGCUUCUGUUGAUGCUGAAAAAAGAGGAUGGACUAGAUAUGGAUACUAUGAACCACAAAAGAGAGAUGCUGAAGCUUCUGUUGAUGCUGAAAAAAGAGGUUGGACUAGAUAUGGAUACUAUGAACCACAAAAGAGAGAUGCUGAAGCUGAAGUAGAUGCUGAAAAAAGAGGUUGGACUAGAUAUGGAUACUAUGAACCACAAAAAAGAGAUGCUGAAGCUGGUGUUGAUGCUGAAAAAAGAGGAUGGACUAGAUAUGGAUAUUACGAACCACAAAAAAGGGAUGCUGAAGCUUCUGUUGAUGCUGAAAAAAGAGGUUGGACUAGAUAUGGUUACUAUGAACCACAAAAAUAA